AUGGAUCCCAAGGAUCUCAGUGUGUCCCAGAGGAUCUCAGUCUCUCCCAAUGGAUCCCAGCAGAUCCUGGUAGGUCCCAGUCAGUUCCAGAAGAUCCCAGCAUCUCCCAAUGGAUCCCAGCAGAUCCUGGUAGGUCCCAGUCAGUUCCAGAAGAUCCCAGCAUCUCCCAAUGGAUCCCAGCAGAUCCUGAUCCCACGAGAUCCCAGCGUGUCCCAGCGGAUCCCAGUAGGUCCCAGUAGGUCCCAGCAGACCCCAGCAGGUCCCAGCGGCUCCCCGCGGCUCCGGGCGCUCCUCAGGCGGGGAAGGGCCGCGUUCCCCGCCCGGGCCCGGCCCCGCUCCCCCCCGGGCCUUUGUCCGUGCCCGGCCCGGCCCCAUCCCCAUGGAAACCCGGCCCGGCGGAAAGGGCGGACGGCGGCGACAAAGGAGCGGGGGCGGGACGGGGGCACCGCCGGGCCCGGCUGGGCCUGGAGCCCCUCCGAGCUCCAGAACCCCCGUCCUGCUCCGGGGAACACCGGGGAAGAAACGCCGGGGAAGAAACGCCGGGGAAGAAACGCCGGGAAGCAGCGAGGGGACGGACGGAAAGGCGCCGGAGAGCAGCGAGCCCUCGGGCGAGGAGGAUGCUGUGCUGAUGAUGCUGAGGGAGAUGCAGCAAUGAACUCUGCUCCAGGAUUUAGCUCUGCCCUCAGCCGAGCGCCGGGGAUGCUGCGGAAAGGUUGCCAGAGAGGCGGAUACCAGCCUGCAUCCAGGUUUUUGCUGCGUCCCUGCUGCCGAGCGAGAUAUGGAUCAUCCCCAGGAUUAUUCCUGCCGUGUCCCUGCGGAAGGAGGGGACGCUGGAGGUGCUGCCGUGCCGGGGAGGUGCCGGUGGGUGCCGGACCCUGCGGCGCUGUGGAUUUUUCAGUUCUGGAGCCGACGCUCCCCUCACGGUGAGGUCUCUGUGGCGCAAUGGACGAGCGCGCUGGACUUCUAAUCCAGAGGUUCCGGGUUCGAGUCCCGGCAGAGAUGAUCUCCAGGCAGGUGUCUGUUUUAUUUUAGUGCCAUUUCCCUCCCAGGUCCCGAUCCGUUACAUUUAUAACGCCCCCGAGGGUUUGCAUGGGGAGGGAACGACUUUUCCCGGCACGGCUGAUGGAUGCAACAUCCCUGUGCUCCCUUCUCCAUCAUUUCUCCUCCGUCAUCUCCCCCUUCCCUCGUUCCCUUUGGUAUCUCCUCCAAGCAGGUGUUUUAACCCCACGUGUCCCCCCAGUGCUGUCCCAGAUUUGAUACCUUCUUCUUAAUGGGAGUUCUGGUCUCUCCAGUAGGGCCCGGCUGGAGGGCAGUGGGUCAGAAGCUUCUGGUGGCGUUUCCUGGGAUAAAUGGGGUCAUUUUUUUCACAGGUGGGGCCAAAGAAGUGUAGGUCUCUGACCUGAAUGUCCACCUUGGUAAAUUUGGGUAACCCAAUGCUCCCCACCCGGACCUCUGUACUCUGAAAUAGUUUCAAACUGCCAGAGGGCAGGGUUAGAUGGGAUAUUGGGAAGAAAUUGUUCCUUAUGAGGGUGGGGAGGCCCUGG